CUAGUCGGCGCAUGCGCGGUGGCGUUCUCAUUCAGGGAAGCACCUGCGUUGUUGUUGUUGUUGUUUUCUAAUUAGAAAUGGGACGCGACCACCUGAAGCGAUCACCAUGCUCAGAUGUGUACUCGUCGCGUGUGUGUCGGUGGCGGUGUUGUUCAUUCCUCGUGAGUGGUUCGUUAAAUUUGGGAAUGAAUCACCCGGAGCAGGCCCCCCCGUGCUGCAGCUGCUGAGCAGCCGGGAAUUGUCGCUGUAUGACGGGGAGGAAGGCAGCAAGAGGCUGUACCUGGCCAUACUGGGGCAGGUUUUUGAUGUGAACAAGGGACACAAGCACUAUGGACCCGGGGGUGCUUAUCACUUUAUGGCAGGUAAAGACGCCUCUCUGGCCUUCAUCACCGGGGACUUCACAGAAAGUGGCCUCACAGAUGAUGUGUCCAGUCUGUCCCCACUGCAGGUGAUGGCCCUGUAUGACUGGCUAGGCUUUUAUCAGAAGGACUACCAAUUUGUAGGUCUGCUAAUAGGCCGGUUCUAUAGCGAGACUGGCCAGCCUACCGAGGCUUUGUUGCAGGCACAAGCAUCACUAGCAGAGGGCCAACGACUGAAGGCGCAGUCUGCAGCUGAGAUGUUACGCUUCCCGGCCUGCAACUCACAGUGGAGCGCUGCUGAGGGAGGAAGAGUCUGGUGCUCCACCAAGAGUGGUGGAGUGGAAAGAAGCUGGGUGGGCGUCCCGCGAAAACUCUUCUCUCCAGGCUCCAGUGGUGUUCGCUGUGUCUGUGUUGAAGACCCAUCUGCAGCAGAGGAUGACCCCAACCUGCAGAAGUAUGACGGCUGCCCUCCACAUGCUGACUCAUGUACUGUUGAAUUCUAGUCUCUGGGCAAGCCCAGAAAAUGGAUCUAUUUAUAGUCUACUUUUUUAGCAGAACAAAACCCAGGAAAACUUUUUUACCCAGUAAAUCAAAGUGAUGAUUUCAAAACAAAAUAAAAUAGAAUGAAGAAAACUGAGUGCAUUGGUUUUUGAUGACCUUUAUGUAAAGUUGUUGUCCUCCCUUUCUCUAAAAGGAUACACCAGGAAGAGACAGGCUAGAUAUCUGAGCAUACAGAUACAAUAUAAUGUGCAUAAAAGAUUAAACAAUGUGCAUAAAAGAUUAACAGAGGCAAGAUUUAGGUUUGUCACAAUGACAAGCACAAACUGCAUUAAAGUACAAAACAGUUGUAGUGGUCAAAAAUAUCACACAUUUAUCUGUACAAUUUAACAAUACUUAAAGAGGCCCCACUACUUGGCCAUCGCUCUACUCCACAUUCUCCCCAUGAUGAUCAGAAAUGCCAUGUGAUCUUGAUAAAGUGCACCUGUUAGGCUUAGAAAUCAAGAAGCGUUACAUGUGAUGGGUCAAGACGACAACUUGACUUGAGGCAACAGUGUGGGGGACAAUGACUUCUCAACGCGGACCUCACGGCCGAUU